AAUUAUUGAGAGAGCUUGUCAGAAAGGUUAUUACUUAGUUGUGUUGUGGACGACUGUCUGUGGUAUUUUUAGUUACACGCGCCAUCCGGUAUCAGUGUUAAAAUUAGUCAUCAUUAAAGUAAAGUAACUCAGUUCAGUUCAUUAUUACUUACAACGAAAAUAACUACUACGCAACAACAGUGUUGGAGAUUAUAAUAACUUAAAAUUAUUUUGUGAAAGUUUUAUAGUAAGCUUGGCGAAGCGGAUUUAUACAGAAAAAUAAUACCAACUUGAGUAACUCAUCAAAAUUAUGAAAGUUUAACACAAGGAGUACUUGGAAAGUUUUUACAGUUUAUUAAAAUUUGACCUCUACAAGAUGAGUCUCCCUAUAACAAACCAACCCACUUCCACUGGACCAGCUGAGGUGAUUGCUACAGCACCAGAAAAACAUGAUUUAGAAGAAUCCAUUCCGCAAGAUCCAGCUGUUAGUGAGGAAGAACAGAAGAAGAGACGGAGUCAAGCCGAUGAUCAUUGUGACUGUUGUUAUUCAGGGUACUAUGACAGUACUAACGAUGGAAUAUUUUAUUACUUAUUAUGUCGUUGGAUGUUAGAUUGUUGUAAUGGUUGUUGUCAUUGGUGGUGCACUGAUAAUAGUAACGGGGCGGACAACAGUGGUGAUUGCUGCGACUGUGGAGGGGACGAAUGUGACUGUACGGGCUGUUGUGAUUGUGGGGAUGAUGGCUGUGACUGCGACUGUGGGGACUGUGACUGCGGAGAUUGUGAUUGUAGCUGCUUCAAUUAAUUGUAAAAUAUUUAUUACUGAAAGACCCACACUUGUUUGCCGGAUGGCCACUGCUCCAAUAAUUAGAUGACACAAGACUGAAAUAUUUUGAAUUCCAGAAAUUAUUAAUACUCAGGUAAGAGUAGACUUAAAAGUAUUUACCACAAAGAAAUAUUUUAUAUUAUUAAUUAUUUGGUAAACAAGUAUUAUUUUUAAUACUAACUUUUACAAAGUAUGUAAUAGGGUAAAGAUAAACACUCAUUCUGAAACCGUAUAAAAAUUAAUAUAAAAAAAAUAUAAUACUCAUUGGUCUUAUAAAUCUUGCAAUUUAUAAUAAAAAAAAUGAGUCAUUUUUAAUUAUUAAUAGCUAUUAAUUAAUUCUGUACUCAAGUACAGUUUGAGAAUUCAUUAAUAGCUAUGUUGGUUGACUAUUUAGAUCUUUUAAACUAAGUCCUGCUGGUCCUGCAUGAUUUAAUAAAAUAAAUAGUAUUUUAAUUGCUUUUUAAAUGAGUAGGCAUUUUAUGAUUAAAUGCACUUCAUUAUUUUUAAAUUUUAUUAUUAUGUAUUUAUGCAUGUACUUUUAGAGAGUAUGGAGAAAUUUCGUAAACGAAGCUCAAAUUAAAAUAAUCGAUGUUGCUCUCUUCUAUUCAGCACGUGUGCAUUUGGUGCAUUUGAUUAAUUUGAUUGAAUCUGAAUAAUUCACUAUUCCUUUGUUUUAUUUACUUUAGAAAUGUCAAACUGACAUUAAUGACAGGAGGUCGGCUGGUAAACUUUUGGCCAGUUUAUUUUUGUGAGAAUUUUUAACGCUCAAUAAUUACAGACACUUGGCUAAGUACCUACUGUACUGAAUGUUAUCACUCACAAGUGAAAAGUUUAAGUUGUUGUCAGAUUCGUAGUACCACCUACUUAUAAGUACAUAGCUGGACAACUCAUUGCAUCAACAAGUGGCAUGGCAUCUCAACAAACUUAAGUUAAGCCGAAAUUCGUUUUUUAACAUUGCAGCAGCAUAGGCUUGCAAACAUGCAUUUAAUAACCCUAUAAAUCUGUCCUAAACAGAAACAAUUUGACCAUAAAGUGGCAAUUUAGAGUUAAAAUGACUCAAGUGAUAACUACUCAACCAAC